CCUCUCUACUAUUGGCACUCUAUUAACUGUAUUACCGGUACCCACACAAAAAAUGGACCAAAAAUUGCUCCAACUUUUACAGAAAUCCAAGACUAGCAAACAAUUGAAAGAGACCCAUCUUCAAAUUACUAUCAAUGGCCUCUGGAAUAGCAAUUUUAUAGUGCCAAAACUCUUAACUUUUUCCUCAAACCUCAUUUCACUUAAAUAUACACUUGAUGUUUUCCGAAGUUUACAAUAUCCAAAUCUUGUUUCUUACAACACUUUGAUUAAAUGCUUCAUAGGAAAGACACUUAAAUCUGCAUUAUAUACUUAUAAUCAAAUGAGGGUAUCAAAUAUUACACCUAAUAGUUUUACUUUCACUUUUCUUUUAAGGUGUUUUGAGUCUUUUGACGCUUUACAAUGUGGUGAAGUACUUCAUAGUGAGAUUUUAAAGUUGGGUUUUGGUUCAAGUGUGUUUGCGAAGAAUACCCUUAUGGAUUUUUAUGCCAAAUGUGGGAAUUUGGGUUUAGCACGUAAGGUGUUUGAUGAAAUGCCUGAGAGAGAUGUUGUGAGUUGGAAUACGAUGAUCGGUGCUUAUACGAUUCAUGGUAAUCAAGAAUAUGCGAUUUUUUUGUUCGAGGCUAUGCCGGAGAGGAAUCUUGUUUCGUGGAAUUCGGUUAUUGCUGGAUUGUUGAAGGCUGGCAACAUGGAGUUGGCUAGGUCUGUGUUUAAACGCAUGCCGGAGAAGAGUGAUGUUUCUUGGAAUACAAUGAUUUCUGGAUAUGUAAAGUUGGGUGAUGUAGAAAAUGCUAGAGCUAUUUUUGAUGAGAUGCCGGAGAAAAGUAUAAUAUCUUGGACUGCAAUGGUGUCGGGAUAUGCCAUGAGGGGUGAUUUGCAAUCAGCAAGAAAGAUGUUUGAUCGAAUGCCAGAAAAAAAUGUUGUUUCAUGGAAUGCCAUGAUUGCUGGAUAUGUGAAUAACCACAUGUUUGAUGAAGCUCUUUCAGUGUUUCAGCAUAUGUUGAUUGAUGGGAAUUACAAACCCAAUCAGACCACUUUGAUUAGUGUGCUUUCAGCUUGUUCACAUUUGGCGUCUCAAGAGCAUGGAAAAUGGGUUGAUUCUUUUAUAAGAAAGAACAAAUUUGACUUAUCAGUUCCACUAGGAAAUGCUUUAAUCGAUACAUUUGCAAAAUGUGGAGAUAUGGAAAAUGCGAAGGCAGUUUUCUUAAGGAUGGGCCAAAGAUGCAUAAUUACUUGGACUACAAUGAUUUCAGGAUUAGCGGUGAAUGGUCAUUGCAGGGAAGCCGUAGAACUCUAUGGACAGAUGUCCUUGGAAGUAGUAGAGCCGGAUGAUGUUGUAUUUAUUGCCGUUCUUUCAGCUUGCACUCAUGGAGGGCUGCUGGAAGAAGGGAAAAGGGUAUUUUACCAGAUGGUGAAUAAGUUUGGCAUUAAACCACGGAUUGAACAUUAUGGAUGUAUGGUUGAUCUUCUUGGCCGAGCUGGAAAGUUUGAAGAAGCAUUGAGUUUCAUUAAGAGCAUGCAUCUGGAACCUAAUAGAGUCAUUUGGGCCACUUUGCUUUCUGCUUGUAAAACUUACAGAAACGGGGAGUUGUUAGAAUCCUUAACCAGGAGGAUCCUGGAGCAAGAGCCUAACAACCCAAGUUAUUUAACAUUGAUAAUGAAUUUAAGCUCUUCUAUUGGGCGGUGGCAAGAUGCUUUGAACUUCCGUGUAGCUACUAGAGACCAGGGGAUAGUAAAAACUCCUGGUUGUAGCUCAAUCCAAAUAGGAAAUAAUGUCCAUGAGUUCUUAGCUAAAGAUACAAAGCACCCACAGAGGAAGGAAAUCUAUAGAGUUUUAGGGUGUUUAAAUGGACACUUAAAAUUAUGUGAGGUCGAAUGAAUUUUAAUGGCCAUGGCUUCUUAGAGAAUCUAUAGACAGCAAGAUUUUGCAGUGCCCGUUUCUCGAAGGAUACUUUCUUGAAUACGCAUGAUUCUGACAGGGGUGAAAUCUUACAUCAAGUGUAACUUGUAGUUCCAUGAUUACGGAGGAUGGACUACUGAUCUAAAUGAAGUACUUUUGUGAAAUGAAACGUAAUAGUUCUCAAAGUACGGCUGCAGGGAGAGGAAUCAAGUCGGAGAAACUGUAAUGUACUGAUGUCCAAUCGCGAGAGUAAGUUAUUGCAUUGAAAUUUUUGGGCAAGAUGAGAUGCAUGAAGGCAUCAUUUCUCAGGCCGUGGAAUAAUUGUUAAAGUAUGUAACAGAGCGAAUAAAGGGACAGCAUCAAAGGUUGGUCUGGUUUCCAUUUUCGCUCUGUUUAGUCAUCUUGCUUGUUGACGGCCAUAAUAAUGAGCAUUUAAAAUUAUUGGGUGCGGGCAGAGAAUCCCCGACUAUCUUAAGCUGAAGCUAAUCUUUUUCUUGGGCUUUGGAAGAUUAUGUGGUCUUAAUGCAAAAAGUAACCAUCUUAAGAAGAAAAUUAACUUUGUGGAGAACUUUGCGCUUAGCAUAAAACUAAUGGUAAUUUUGUAGAAUAUACAUUUUCUUUAGCAAUUUAAUAUCUUAGUUCCCGAAGGACAUCUCACUAAAAAUAUGAUAUGUUGGAGUCAAAUAUAUCCGGAACAUUGUUCUAUCUGCUCCAAACAUUAUAAUACAAGAUCUUGCAGACUCUUUUCUCCAAGUAUUUUUCUUAGCUUUUUGAAUCUUCUAUUUCUGUUCCAAACCCAUUUUAUACCUGUUGAGUCUUUGCUUUCAGCAUCAUGCCCAAUCUUUAACUUGUAGAGCUCACUCUCUCUUUUCCAGGCACAACUAACUCGUUGAGUCUUCUCUAUGUGCUCCAUGCCCACACUUUAGUCUGUUGAGCCCCUCUGAACUUCUGAAAGAUUUGGGCCUAUCAGAAAAGGAACUUCAAGCCCUCCAACCCACAUGUGUGGGAGGAUGUCAGCUUAUACUUUAAAGGAGUUUAUAAUGGUCCUGGGCUAUUUCAUCUGUUGCGUUAAGAUUUUAAAUUGGAUUAUCAUAUUCUUUCAUGGCGUACUUUAAACUGAAUGAAAAAGAAAAUCAAAAAGAAAUCCUAUUGGAACAUAUAAACGAGGGAUCGAAACAAAAAAGGGAGUGGUGGGCUGAUCAGAAAGUUGAGACAGAUCUACAGAAUGGGAGGAUGGUGGAGUGGUGGGGAAGUGUUGAAGGAUGAAUAAAUUUUCUGUAAAUCUAGAGUUUAGGGGACGGAUCAACUGCAAGAUUCUCAUUUUCUUAUUUGUUUUUGUCAAGACACCACCACAACUAUGGUUACUACAUCAGUAGCUUCAUUUAAGACACCCUUUUCUUACAACUCUUCAUGUUGUUUUUCUAAAGUACCAAUAGUGACUUACUCAAUAAGCUGAUACUAUCAGCAUUUUACUUAGAAAUCAACACAUGUACAAGAUUCCUUCUGAGAAGUUGAGCACAAAGUUGAGAAGUGUUCUGGUAGGAUGUCCACAUUUGGAUUGGUUCUCUGUUAAUAUUCACUUCCUGAUUGUUUGUUCUCCAUAUGGAUAUGAUUUGCUUUUGAAGAUGCUGUCGUUUUUCGCCUGUGAAUUCAAUCCAUUUCCACAUAUCAAAAAGCAGUUUUUGUGUCUCUUCCGCUUGCUGUGCCUCUCAACUUUCUGUUGAGAAAUAUAGUUGCUGAAAAAGGAAGCUCGUUGGAAGAGAAUGUGAUGCUGCCACUAGUAUACGGAAGUUGAAGUACUUUUCACUGGUUAGUAUGCUGUUUACCAUGGUAAUAGUAAAUCAUAGUAAAUGUUUUUAGCUUUACAACCAUCUGGUUUUGACACUGCAAGAGCAUUAUAAGCUAACAAUCUGUGAUGUCUGGCCAAAUUCUUCAUCAUGUGAAGCCUGAUAUCUACAUCCAUACAUACGGGAGAAUGUGGUUACAACAUUUUUUUUUUUUGCAGACAAUUAAUGUUCCUCAUCAAUCAAAUUUAUUAAGAAGUUAUAAUAUAACUUUUUCCUUCUUCCGUUAAAGUACCCAUCCACUCCCUACGCCUUCCUAAAGUAAUUAAGAUAAAACCGAGAAUACUAAAGAGCCUAAAAUAAAAGGGAGGAUAGUGGUGGAAAAGAGAGAAUCUUUCAUUAACUGAAAACUAAAAGAAAAUUAUUGGUAACUUAUAAUACAGGUUCCAUUAGUGGGUAUCUUUUUAUUCUUAGUACAUCUUAAUGUGGAUGCCUUUUGGUCAUUAUGAGGAAGCUUUAUUACAUAGUUUUCUGUACUUAUGCUUUUGCUGAGAAUAAGUAUCAUCCCUUCAAUAAAUCCCCUCUUUAGACUUUUUACAUGUUCUCUGAAUCCAAAGAUGUUGAAGAAGCAGAUAAGAGGUGAGCCUUUAAGAGUGAUUAUAAAAAAAUGUUUAAAGGUCAAUCUCUUUUUCACCUAAAUAGAAAAACAUUGGUGAUUAUAAAUCUGUGGUUACUAAAAUAAGAAACCAGGUUAAUAGAAAAAUAUUAGUGAUUGUAAAUCUGUGGUUGCUAAAAUAAGAAACUAGGUUGCAACUCAUGGGCAUAUGAAAACUUUUAUCAAUUUCAUGGCAUAUGAGAAUAUUUUAUAAUGGAAUAUCAUAAGUAUCUCGAAAAAUAGUUAUUCGACGACAAAAGUCAUAUAGCUCAUUAUUCGAGGAUUUUUUAAAAAUUCUAGAUUGACAAUUUAUAGGGGAGCCAUGGAGUAGCUGGUAAGUUGCUGCCAUGUGACUAGGAGGUCACGGUUCAAGCCGUGAAAACUACCUCCCGCAGGAAUGCGUGGUAAGUCUGCGUACAGUAGACCUUUGUGGUAUGGCCCUUCCUCGGACCCCGCGCAUAGCAGGAGCUUUAGUGCACCGGGCUGCCCGCUCCCCCUCCCCCCCUCUUUUCAGAUCAAUUUACCUAGUUGUAGAAUAGCGCUAUCACUCUUAUGUUAUAAAUACUUUUUGCAGAUAAUUCUCUUACGAUUAUUAUUGUAGUACCUGAUCCACCUAUUUUUCACCCUUCAUGAUCCUUGCUAUCUGUGGACACCAAAAUUAAAAAAUAAUUUGAGCAAAUAUUGGGUGGACUGUGAGCCCCUGUUGAAGCAAACUAUCAUGAUCUUCACUCCCUUGGCUUGGGCUUCAGUAGAAGUUGCAGGAAUGACUUGUAAAAGUAACAAAUAUAAAACUCAUGAUUAGAGCUUGAGUUCAUGAUAGAUUAAGAAUAUGGCUGAAUUAUAUGUAGAUUAUGAGUUAAGGCUUUACUCAUGAUAUGUUGAGAUAUCACACAGUACAGAAGAAGAAAUGUCAUGGGUCUGAGAUGAUACAGAUCCGCAAUGACAAAGAAAAUGGGCCAAAGAAGCAAUUGGACGACAUCAAUAUUGGCAGACGCAAGACCAAAGGCCCAAACAUCAAGUUCUGAUCCAAGACAUAUAGAAGGACAACAAGCAAUAUAACAGUUGUAUAAUACACAACUAUAUUUUGUCUCAAGCACAUACAUAGAAAAGAAUAAAUGUCGUUAGGCAGUUAUAAGGUGCACAAUCUGAUUGGUACAAGUGUACAGAAAAUAGUUUCUUUAUUUAUUUUCUUUAUUAGAAAUUUCUUGUAUAAAUACACAUAGGGUGUACCUUGUUCAUAGCAUCAAUAUCCUGGCUAUGAGUGUGUUUCAAUUUUCAACAAAUUAAGAGUAAGAUGAAAGAUCAAGCUAGUAUAUGCUUUACUUGACUGAAUAGUAUGGAUUAAUAAAUAUAAAUUCUGGCUUUUCUUUGAUAACCGUGGUGUUCGAGCCAGCUUUCGUGCACCUUGACUAAUUUCACGGGAUACCUUCCUUCUCCCACCUGCAUCAGGUACCAGUAACUCUAUCCAUCAAGGCUUGGAUAGAUGAGAAGAAAUCAUUUAGUGUGUUUGUCUCCGCUGGGAUUUGAAUCUGAGACCUCAUGGUUCUACCCACUUCAUUGACCACUAGGCCACACCCUUGGGUGCAAUAUAAAUACUAACUUAAGAGUAAAUGAUGAUGGGAAUAUAUGUGUAAAGAACCAAAUCGACCAUACAAUUACUAGUUUACUACAGCUCAACAAACAAACAAAAGCCAGUUAUUCUUCCAACAACAAAAGAACCCUUUUUAGCUCUAUAUUAGAAAUAUACUCAAAAAGCCUUUACUAGCCUGCUCCAUAUGCUGACCUUCUCCAGGACAUAUCCAGUUUUCUAGCUUGAAAAAAUCAUCUCUUCCAUGAGAGACAUCAAAAUUCUUCGCACUGCUUUUGGAAUUUUAGGUGAUGCUUUUGGUAUAUGACUCUUCAUGGCGCCCAUGAUUACAUUCAAAAGGAUUAUUAGGAAGAGAUCAACAGAACAGUUCUCUAGCAUACCUUAUGUAAUAGCUCUGCUCAAUUGCUUGCUCUCAGUUUGGUAAAGUUUACCUUUUGUGUCAUCAGACAACCUGCUUGUAACUUUCGUCAAUUCCAUAGGCGCUGGCCUGGAGGCAACCUAUGUGUUGACUUUCCUAAUAUUUGCACCCAAGAAAGAGAAGGCCAAAAUCUGUGGAUACCUCCUUGUGGUCCUGUCCAUCUUCUCAUGCCUGGCUUUGGUUUCCCUGCUAGCAUUCGUGGUUAUAAAAGGAAGCUCCUAUGUGGCUUUGCUUUUACAGUUUCUUGUAUUAUGAUGUAUGGUUCUCCUCUCUCGGUAAUGAGGCUGGUGAUCAAAUCUAAAAGUGUGGAGUACUUGUCACUAUCUGUUUUCAUCUGCAGUAUCUUGUGGUCAAUCUUCGCGCUGCUUGGAAAGGACCCUUUCAUUUUGGUACCAAAUGGCAUUGGAACUUUAUUAGGAGCAGUGCAGUUGAUUUUAUAUGCAAUUUAUCGUGAUAACAGAAGGGAAGUCAAGAAAGAUGAAAUGAAUGAAUCAGUAGAGAAGAGGACCGGAGAAAUCCAAGAUAAGAAGCUAGCUAACACCUAAGGUGCAUGAGAAUGGACCAUGAGAAGACUGACAAUCAAGCGCAAAGCUUCACGAGCAGAAUUUAAAUAAGUUUUAAAGCUUAAAUUGGUUGUCCAGGGAUUAUAUUAAAUGUGCACCUGUAUUUAAAUUUAGCAGUUCAGUCAAAAUAUCUUUCUAUUUAUUA